GUCGCUGUGUCACCCCGAGACCCCCCAACCGCUGACAUAACGGUCGCCCAGCGCGCCGGCUGAGGGUCCUCGGGCGCCGACCGACCCCCUCUGAUUGGCCGCCGGCGACGCUCUCGCGAGACCGGCGACGCUCUCCCGUGGCCCCGCCCCGCCAGCACGGGAGCACAGUGCGUCACGUGACCCCUCCCCUCAGCGCCGCCGCCAUCUUGUCCUGGGAUCCCCGCACACGGAGGAGGUGGCGGAGGAGGGAGCGUGACGUGUCGUGACGUAACGAGUGAAUAUCGCGACCGAGGCGACAGGGACGCAGCCUGGGGGGGGGGCGAGAGAGAGCGGGAGACGGAGCAAGGUCCCCCCGGGAGGAGGCGGCCCGUUACCCGCACGCAGAGAGGGACUGAGCCCGGGCCUUCGGGCCUAGCACACCGCGAGCUCGGGGUCCAGCGCCGCCGCCUCAGUGCUCGGGUCAGGGCCGGUGGCCAGUAACGCACAGCCGGGGAGGGGGCACCUCUUACCGCCAGGGGGCCCCGUGUCUGACACCCCGGGGGCCACACACAGGACUGGGGGCACCUACAAGUCACCUGGGUCAGACAUGUUUACAUUCAGCGGGCCGGGGUCAGGGCAGGCAGCUGUACACUCGCGUGUAGCGGCCUAGGCAGCGGUAUACCGGCACUGCACCCACUAUAUAUAGCUCUUAUAUAUAUAUAUAUAUAGGUGCACAGGCAGGUACACCUGUAUAUACAGCGCCAGGCGGGGCCCUGGAGGGAGAGACACUGACGCUACGGGGUCGCUGCGCAGGGUAACGUCUUACUGUACCCACCCCCGGGGCCCGGUCACAUCGCAGAGAUCCGGGGCCCAAAUACCGUCAUCCAAAGGAAGAUAACCCAGAGCCGUAAGGAACGCGCAGUGAGGAGACCCCGGCGGCAUCCUGGUGGAAGAUAUCUGAAGACUACGUCAUGGCUGCUGAAACACUAAACUUUGGGCCAGAAUGGCUUCGUGCACUAUCCAGUGGAGGUUCCGUUGCUUCCCCUCCUCCUUCCCCUGCUAUGCCAAAGUAUAAACUGGCGGAGUAUCGCUACGGGCGAGAGGAGAUGUUGGCACUUUAUGUAAAGGAGAAUAAGGUCCCAGAUGAGAUGCAAGACAAGGAGUUUGCUGUGAUUCUGAACGAGGAGCCCUUACAGCCACUCGCUCUCCUUCCGCUUACAGAGGAGGAGCAGAGAAACUUCUCGCUGUCCGUGAACAGUGUUCCGGUCCUGAGGCUGAUGGGAAAGGGAGCGACUGCACCACCUCCUGGAGGUGUAGCGAGAGGGCGAGGCACCGCACGUGGAAGAGUAACUGAGGAUAUCAGCGAGCAAACCACUGACCGUCACUGUCACCCUCCUGCAGGCCGCGGCCGUGGAGAUGCAGCCGUUUACCAGCGACCUCUGGAUGAAGCAGAGCCUGGAUUUGGCCGUGGGGGGCGGGAGAUUCAUCGGAGCCAAAGCUGGGAUGACAGGGGAGAGCGGCGAUUUGAGAAGCCCAUCAGGAGGGAAGCGGUGCGCGUGGGGUUUGAGGAGGCCGUAGGUCCAUCUAGGAAGGAAUUUGCCCGCUCGGACAGUGACAACUGGCGCACUUUGCGUGACGGGCAGGAGGAAGAUGAGGAUGGCAACUGGAGGCUCUCUGUGGGCCGGCGGGACGAUCGUUGGCGAUCAACCAGUCCCGGUGGCAGCGUCACAGAAGCUCCGCGCUCAGCUGGGUGGAGGGAUCACGGAGAGCGGCGCCGGAAGUUUGACUUCGACGUGGUCCGGGAGGAGGGUGGAGGGGCACCACGUGGCGGUGGGCGCGGAGGUGACGGUGCUCAGGAAGAUGAGAGGGAUGGCCUACCCGAAUGGUGCAUGGAGGAUGAAGACGAUGAGAUGGGAACCUUCGAUUCCUCUGGGGCCUUCCUAUCAUUUAAGAAAAGCCCCAAAGACAUUAUCCUGGAGGAGCAGGAGUUGGAGUUCCAGGGUGUGGAGGAGGAGGAGGAAGAGGAGAGAGCGGAGAAUGGAGGGGACAGGGCUAAUAGUGAUGAUCCAUCAGUCCCUUCAGAAGAGGUAUCUCAGGAUUCACCAUCAAAAUCUCCAGACCUGAAUAACUCUUUAUGGUCGAUAGGGCUGUACGGGGACGUAGAGGUUGAGCGAUGCCCUGAGAUGACCACCACAGAUGGUCAAGAUGGGGCAAUGCCUCAGUGUCCAGUAGAUGAAGGUAAACCUGGAGCCUAUGUGCCCUCCUCGCUCUCUCCCCGUUCUUGCCGGCCACCUCCUUCCUCUUCCCCCCCAGUUGCUGCUACUGAAUUCUCUGUGGGGGAUCCGGAGGAGGAUGAAGGCAUGAAACAUCUCCAGCAGGAAGCGGAGAAGCUGGUGGCUUCGCUACAGGAUUCCUCCCUGGAGGAGGACGCAUUCUCCACCUCCCGCUCUCACAGUGCUGCUGCUCUACCCCUGUCCCACGAGGCUGCCAUGAAGUGGUUCUACAAAGACCCUCAGGGGGAGAUCCAAGGUCCAUUCAGUACACAGGAGAUGGCGGAGUGGUGCCAGGCCGGGUACUUUACCAUGUCACUGUUAGUCAAGAGAGGAUGUGACGAGGGGUUCCAGCCCCUGGGCGAAGUCAUCAAGAUGUGGGGCCGCGUGCCCUUUGCUCCGGGACCCUCCCCGCCUCCUCUGCUGGGUAAUAUAGAUCAGCAGUGCCUGAAAAAACAGCAGGAAUUAGCUCUGUAUCAGCAAUUGCAACACCAGUAUCUUCUGCAGCUUAUCAGCAGACAGCAGUACUCCUCCUCCCAGCAGAAAUCUGGAGAUCUGACGCCGCAACAGCAGCAGCAGCUAACACUGUUCCUACAGCAACUGAAUCCCUCAAAAUCCAGGGGGUCUGAUGCCUCCCUCCUCCCCUCCAUGAACAGAUCUCUCUCUGUGCCAGACACUGGGUCCUUAUGGGACCUUAAUACCUCAAACACAUCGGCAGCAGGUGGGGAAUCCGCUCUGUGGGACCUGCCAGUCACUGCUGUCUCUCAGGGGCCAAUAUUAGAGCAGCUGCAACUGCAACAAAAGUUGCAGGAACGCAGAGAUGCAGAACUCAGGGCUAAGAGAGAGGAGGAGGAGAGGAAAAGGAGGGAGGAGAAACGGAGACAGGAAGAGCAGAAGCGCAGAGACCAGGAGGAGGAGAUGUACCGGAGGAAGCAGUGUCGCCAACAACAGGAGCUACUUUUGAAGCUCAUCCAGCAGAGUGGGCAGCCUUCCUCCUCUCAGUCUGUCUGGUCAUCGCAUGGGAAGGGCGUCUCUCUAAAAGCCAUGUUGGAGAUGCAGGAGAGAGAGGGCCAGCUGCUGAAACAAAGAUCUCAGCCGUCGAGGACAGUGCAUGGAGGUCUGGGGAUGUCUGGUGCUGCAAUCAUUCCCUCCCAGUGGGGAUCCGACUCGGGCUCUUUGUGGGGCGGGCUGGAGAAAAGCCCUUGGGAAGAAGGUGUCAAAUCUGGGCCCAGCAGUAGAGGCCUAAGGAACAGCAGAAGUAGCCCAUCGCUGACUGAUUCCUACGCUGCAACUGCCCGGCGCAAAAAGACAGAUGAUGAGGAGAAGCUUCUGAAACUACUGCAGGGAAUUAAACCAUCGGAUGGAUUUACUCAGUGGUGCGAACAAAUGUUACACAUCCUCAAUACAUCAAAUAACCUGGACGUCCCCACGUUGGUGGCCAUUCUGAAGGAGCUGGAGUCUCCGUACGACGUCCACGAUUACAUCCGUUCCUGUCUUGGGGAAACACUUGAAGCCAAAGAAUUUGCUAAACAGUUUUUAGAACGGCGAGCAAAGUACAAGGCCAGCCAGCGCCAGCAGGUAUCGUCCGACAGCGCCUAUGCACUCAUGGAAGCUGCCUGGCUGACUCCCUCAAUGUUUCCAACAUCCCAGAAUUCCAAGCAAAGCAGCGGAUUCGAUGUACAGAGCAGCAAGAUGAAGAGGCGGCUUCAGAUGUUACACUCAGAUCCCAGCAUUCUGGGUUACUCCUUGCACGGCUCCCCAAAUGAGAUGGAAGCUAUUGACGACUACUGAGGCGUGUCUCUUCCUUCGGACGCCAUCUUUACUUCACCUGCCGCAUUCCUGCGGCAAUACUGCACUGCAAACUUUACCCCUCCCUCUGCAGGAAGGAGGGGAAGAGACUGGGAGAGGAGGGGGUGGGUGUUACCCAGCCAGAGCCAGGGAGGAGGGGGGAGCUACACCCUGUUCCCUCCCCCCACUCCCCUAAACAUAAUGCACUCAUUUUAAAGCACCUUAAAAAAAAAUGCACUUUACAGAAACUGAUCAAAAAAAUCUGAAUUCCAUUUUUUUUUCCUAUAAUUUUUUUUCUAUAAUUUUUUUUUUUUUUUUACAAAAAAAUAAAAAUAGAAAAAAAAAACACCCUAGGAGGAGAGGAAAAACUGGAUUUAUUGACUUUGACUGUUUAUUACUAGCAUAACCUUUUUGUUUGAGCGUUUUUUUUCUUUAAUUGUUCAUUGUUUUUGUUUUGUUUUUUAACUUGACAGUUUCUGACUUUUUUUUUUUUUUUUUUUGUAUCAAAAAGUAAAGUAUUCCGGCAACGGAUCUAUAUAAUGAAAAGAGAAAAAAAAAAAAGAAAAAUAUUUUGGGAAGAAAAAAAAUACAGCCAAAAACUUUUUUUUCCUCAAAUUUUUUUGCAAAAUCUAUUUUGUUUAAAAAAAAUAAAAAAUAAUAAAAAAAAAAACCUAAGAAAAAAAAUUUAAAACUACAAAACAAAAAAAAAAAUUAAGAAAAGUAGUAAGUUUUCCACGCUUUUUGCAAAAAUUACAAUGCUCUGCUUUCAGUUCCCUAUUGUGUUGGGGAGUGUCGAGGGGGAGUUAAUCCAUCAAAACUUGAAGAAUGCACUUAGCAAUUUGGGGGGUCGGGGGAGUCUGCAUUUUUAAUGGUUAUUUUUGCACAGAUAUAAAAUGUUGUGAUUUUUUUUUUUUGUUACUAAAACGGCAGAAAAAAAAAAGAAAAAAAUCCCCCUUUUGAACUGUUAAAAUUGUUUGUUGCUUUUUUGUUUUUGCCCCCUUGUCAUAAAGGAUGCACUUGCUUCUCAUAUGUAAGAGGCCCCUGAAGGAUCGCAUACCGCAGUCAUUACGGAGUGCCAGGACUUCUGGGCACAUCAGAUACUAGUCAAGGACUUAUAUAAUGGGCCUUUCAGUGGAUGUUUAUGUGGAGAUUCGCACCUCGCCUUCCGUGUCUGCAUUGCUCAUGGUUAUUUUUUUUAUUUGAUUUUUUUUUUUUUUUUAACAAAGGGAUAUGGUACUUGUUCUUAAACCCUGUUUUCCCGGAAAUGCGGAAUAGUUUGUUGUGUUUUAUUUUAUUUUUUUUCUCCUCUGGUUCUUGUUUUUAUUCUGCUUUUGUUUACAAAUGUCCUAAGAGGACAAAUGGCCGAUCAGAUAGGACAAUGGAUCCCCCAGGACAUGUCUCAAGGAAUAAACCAGUUUCUCUUGAGGGGACCUGGAUGGGGGAGUGAAUAGGAGAGGGGAGGACGUUUUUGGGAGUGUAGGGUGCAGUUGCCUUAAUGUUGACACCACAGCUCUACACCGUCCCAAGUCACGCAAUCUCCUCCCAAGGACAACUGGGGACCAGCGUUAUGAACCCACCUUGAGAGCUUCUCACGCAGUCGCUCGGGAAAUCAGUCUUAUGAACGGACCUUCUCAGAACUAAAGGAGCGCGGCCUCCUUACAAGCUAAAGGGUUUCGGCUGCAGCGAGAUUUCUGCCCAGCGAGCACCGCCAAUGGAAAACCCUUGAAAGGAGUAGCUCCGAUAAAGCAGUGUUUAUUUCUGACCAGGCGCUGAACGUUGUAGGCUUUGCCUGGUGGGGAACUUAGUCUCCUUUGAACCUUACAAACUUUUCAUGGAAACAUACUGUGUACAUAAAAUGGCAACAGGAAAAAAAAACGCUAAUUUUGCCUAAAUGUGGCUGUUUUAUGCCUAAAAAAAAGACUCUCAUUUUUGCUGUGGGUUUCAUGUGUAUCUUAACCACAAGAAUGUAUUAGGGCAGAAGCUGGUAUCCAGUAACACAGCUGCCCCCCGGUCCCCGCAGCGCCCUCUAACGCUGGGGGAGUGUAUAUAGUUGGUGCCCUUGUUUUGGGGUGUAUACAGUGACGCACUGCGCUUGCUGUGUGUAUAUAGUGGGGUACACGUCUUGUACGGCUUACAAGUUUAUUGUGCUGAAUGUAUAACGUACGUGUGUGUAUAUAUGUAUAUAUAAAUAUGUAUAUAGAAUGUGUAUUAACAUAUACGCAGGAUACUUCAUGAAUACGGAAGGACCCAGACACUGUACUGUACCUGUACAGUAGGUGGAGUGAUGGCUGCGCAGUCCUGACGCUACUCCGUGUAUCCUGCAUAUAUGUAUACAUAAAAUACAGAUGUUUAUAUACACAUGGUCAGAUAUAUAUCUUUCUGUAUACAUACCCUGGUUCAUGUCUGUAUUACAUGUGGAAGCGGGUCAUCUGACCGUUACAUAUAAUACAGACAGUCUGUGGAUACCGCUGUAUGUACUAACGUCUACAUACGCAUUCAGACUCUGCUGUUUGUUUUUUAUGCCUGUUGAAUUCCUUCAGUUUUCUCAGUUUGUGAUUAUUUUUGCCUUAUUUUCAGUAUUAAAAGGUUGAAGUGAACAGAAGUUGUUUUUACAUGUGCAGAAUCGUCAGAUAAGUAGCGGGUGACCCUCACCGCUAGAAUGGGGUUUCUUGUGCCCCCGUUAAUAGUGUGCUGGUUCAGUAAUAUAAAUCUAUAAUCUUAUCCAAUCAGACAGGAGCCUGAGAACCGUGCACAAGUACUGAAUCAGGGGCACAUUCAUGAACACCUGGCGCGUGGGGGAGUUGGCUGCACAAUGGUACUAUAAUCCGUAGCAACUGGUCAUCCUCUAGACUACAGAUGGUAACGUAAAUGCAGUUGCUGUGGGUUACGGUACCCCGUGUUGUUGCUCUAGCACCCGUUUUCUGCAAUGUCCCCCCAGUAUGUUCUCGGAGUCGGCUGUCUUCCUAGAAAUUGAAUACAAAUCGCUUUACGGCCUGUUUAAUUUCCAGCAAUGUAUUGACCUGUGGGCCAAAGCUGUCGAGGCAGAAAGAAGCUUUGACCAAUGGGCAGCCACAACCAGGGACGUAUAUUAAUACACAGCUGUCACUGGCGAGAGACCGUUAUAGAUAUAUAUAUGUAGUCAUUAAUGAUUUUCAUUUGCUUCUGGUACCUGAGCAAAACAUGGCUGCCCUCCCGUCUCAAACAAGUCGUAGUUUCAGAGUUUUACAGAGUGAUAAUGCGAGACAUUCACCGUAUUCCUCAUCCUGCUCAUGAGAUGGCGCUAUUGUAUUGGUGUAGAUGAUGGAGCAGCUACCACUAUGAUUAAUAAAAGAGCUUCUUUGUGCUGAA